CGCCCGGAAGCAGGAAGUUGUCGGCCUAUCCUCCUCGCCCGGCGGCUUGCUUGUCCCCGAGGCGGGAGGAGCCCGAGGGGGCGCGGGCCUCGCAUGUAUAAGCCACUGUUAAGAGUCAGGCUCGCUCAUCGGAACUUCGCUCUGUGGCAAAGCUCAUUUCUGCCAGAGUUGGACCUUCUUUCUGGAGGGAUUUUGUAUUGGAAGACAUGGAUCUUGCUGCUAAUGAGCUCAGCAUUUAUGACAAACUUUCAGAGACUGUUGAUUUGGUAAGACAGAUGGGCCAUCAGUGCGGCAUGUCAGAGAAGGCAAUUGAAAAAUUUAUCAGACAGCUGCUGGAAAAGAAUGAACCUCAAAGGGGGCCACCCCAGUAUCCCCUCCUUCUAGCUAUGUACAAGGUCCUCGUAACCCUGGGAUUAAUCUUGCUCACUGCCUACUUUGUGAUUCAACCUUUCAGCCCAUUACCACCUGAACCAGUGCUUUCUGGAGCUCAUACCUGGCGCUCACUCAUCCAUCACAUCCGGCUGGUGUCUUUGCCCAUUACCAAGAAGUAUAUGCCAGAAAAUAAGGGAGUCCCUCUGCAUGGGGGUGAUGCAGACAGACCCUUUCCAGACUUUGACCCCUGGUGGACAAAUGACUGUGAGCAGAAUGAGUCGGACCCCAUCCCUGCCAACUGCACCGGCUGUGCCCAGAAAUUACCCCUCAAGGUGAUGCUCCUGGAAGAUGCCCCAAAGAAAUUUGAGAGACUCUGUCCUCUGGUGAUCAAGACGGGACAGCCCCUGUCAUCUGAGGGGCUUCAGCGUUUUUUGUGCCAGUAUCCUGAGGUGACAGAAGGCUUCACUGAAGGGUUUUUCACCAAGUGGUGGCGCUGCUUUCCUGACCGGUGGUUCCCGUUUCCUUAUCCGUGGAGAAGACCUCUGAACAGAUCUCAUGUUUUACGUGAGCUUUUUCCUGUUUUCACCUACCUGCCAUUUCCAAGAGAAGCCUCCUUGAAAAAGUGUUUCCUUCUUCAACCAGAACCUAUUGUGGGGAGUAAGAUGCAUAGGAUGCAUGAGCUCUUUACCAUUGGCAGUGGUGAGGCCAUGCUGCAGCUCAUCCCUCCCUUCCAGUGCCGAAGACACUGCCAGUCCGUGGCAAUGCCGCUAGAGCCAGGGGAUAUCGGCUAUGCUGGUGCCACCCACUGGAAGGUCUACAUUAUAGCCAGAGGGGUCCAGCCUUUGGUCAUCUGCGAUGGAACCACCCUCUCAGAACUGUAAGAAACAGAACUGAAGGAACAGCUUUGAGAGCUGAAGACCGGACCAAAAGGGGGAAAACAAAAACAAAAAACGAUGAAACCACUUUCCAGGGGUUGGUUACUUAGUUACCUGCCCUGUGCAUGCAUGUGUGAGCCACUUGUGUGCUGGAGGCAAAGGCCAGAGCCCAGCCCUCCCAGUUCUUCCAGCCCAGCCGCUUGGCCAGGACUUUGCCAGCACCUGUCUGUGAGAGUGGCCUCUUCCAGGCCUUUUGGCACCUUGAGGCUGCCCUUCAGGCAGGGAGCAGGGUUGGUACCUUCCCUGACUUGCAUGGCAUGAUCGCCUCUGCUGGCUCCCUGGCCACGAGAGGGCAGUCAGCAGGGCCUGACUUCAGAGCCAUCCUCUACCAUGUGGGCCUACCUGUCCUGUCUGCCUGGUCACACCACCCUUUAUUUUUUUGGGAAAGCCAUGGAUGAUUAAAGAAGUCAUUGCAGUCUCCCAAGCAGAAUGGAAUCUAGAACCAGUGAAAAAGGAUCCAGUAAUCUCAAACUGCACUCAAGAAGUGCACUUCUUUCCCAGUGUUUGUGGCUCUUAGAGUCUGUAAUUGAAAUGGUAAUUUUUAAGGUAAUACUUUUCUCCAUUCUGUGAUAAAGUUCUUAUGUUUCCGCCCUACCCCCCCUUCUCCUUUGCCUGUUUGGAUGGCUUCUCAGACAUUGGGCUCCUGGUCCCCCUCCCUUGGCUGGGCCAGCGCCCUGUACUGCUGAGGCAGCACUGCUCUUGUCAGCUGUGUUGCUUUUACCAAAUGUCUUCAGAGGGGCAUGAGUUAGUGCUGGCCUGGGGAGAGGGUGCCUCCCUGGGUUUGAUCUUUAGGGUCCGACUUUCUGCAGGGAAGAUGUUUUACAGAUGUGUCAAGCUGAUGUUGUAAUGUGGUUGGGGAAGGAACUCCAGACUCAAAGUGUUGGCCAGCUGGGCAUGCGACUGUGUGACCCUCUGUCUUGAAAGGAUUUCUCUCUCUGUGCUGGGAACCAAGAUGAGGUGUUUUUAUUUUUUGUGAAAAUAUAAAACUAUGUUCGUUUGAUUGGGUGAUUCACUGUGCGCAUUGUUUUCCCCAAGUGUGUUUCGUGUGUCUUAAGUGUGUAAGUAAGGACAGUCUUUUCUUGUUUCCUUUCUCCCCUUUAUUAUUCCUCUACUGACCCUGUUAAAAAUCUGGCCUCUGAUCAUGUGGUUGCCAAGUUGAAGAAAAAGCAAACCACACUACAGCCUCUGGUUCAGAACUGCAGAAAUCCAACAGGUGCUGGAGGUGUCUGUGUUGGCUUACAGACCAGAGGCAGACAGUGGUGAGAGAAGAGGGUGGGACUCCUUGUGGGGUCCUCUUCAUCCUUGGAGGCACCCCUGCACCUUGUCCCCAGGCCCUCUUUCUCUGCGCAUCUCAUGAGCAGCAGGGAGGAUCAUCGGGUGUUUGAAUGGCCUGUUUGUGGGCUUGUAAAGGACAAAGAGGGUUCACAGAGCUCAGGGUGGAAAAGCUCAGCGCCUCCUCCAUGGGCUUGAGUGAAACUGGGAUGAACUGUACCUGAGGGAAUUUUUCCUUAAAAGAAUCAGCGCCUCCGUGUGAAUUAACACAGGAAAAACAAAACUUUGUGUCCAUAUAAAAGUCAUGCUGCUAAGCAGUUAUAAUUUAAGAGGUUUUAAAUCAGAGGGAUCAUUCAGAGGCCAGCUUUGUUCAAGCUUUUAGAGCCUUUUCAAUGUCCUUACCCCUGCUGCACACAGGGAAGGUUUCUAUGUAAACAAGUUCUGUAGAGGCCUCUCAGUUUUCUUAAGUUAGGUCCUUUGGGUUAACAAAAGAGAGUUUUUUAGGAGCAAAGCAACUGUUCUGUUGAUUGAAAUUUCUGUUUUGCUUUUAUGAGUUACCCUGUGUUCCUUCCAUGUUUUACUCCAGCCCUUCACACCUUGAAUGUUCAUAAAAUACCCUCUUCAGCUCAAAACUGAAAAACCCUUGUAUGUGUUGGUAUUCUGAGGCAUCCUUUGGGAGGUCCCCUGAGCUGUCUACAGUUCAGCAAAGAAUGGUGGGGCAUCAGAUACAAAGAGACUUCUAAAAGUCAUUUUAAAAUCUGGCCCGUUCAGAAUUGAAUGUCGAUUUAUAUUAGGGGAGAUGUUCUCCAAAGAGUGUUUUCUGCUUUUAAUUACUGGAAACUGAGAUGUAAUUCAUCUUCUUCUCAAGGUAGUUCUGAAAAGCAGGAUCUACCACUGACCAGUUAGUGAUCAGCAAGUUGCCAGCCAGUUCCUUUCUAAAAAGUCCCUCCAUGUGACAUGGUAUGGGAAAAAGGAUCAUAAAAAUGAGGAAACAGGAUCAGGGGCCUGCUGGGACCACAUAACUCCCCAUCUCUACCACCACGGUAAGAACAAAACUGCAGAGCUUGCUUUAAACAAAGGGACUUGCUCUUGAGUUUGUUGAGUGUUUACUGAGAGGUCCCAUGGCAGUGACCUCCGCACGUGGGUUAGGUUCCCCUUUCUUGUUGGUUCCCGGAGCAGAGGCUCGUGUCCCCAAAAGUCAGCUCUCUGGGGAGAAAGGCUGCUUUGGCACAGGUUGAAGUAUUAUAUCCAGGUGUCCUGAGGUCCCCAGGAGUCAGGUGUUGAAUAGACACUGUGCCUGUUCUGGCUUAUGAAGAGAGGAGGAACUUAUCCUCUCCCCACUCUCAAUUUCUUCAGGAAGGGGAGAGAGUGAAAUAACAAUGGUUUGUGGAAACAGAAUCUGCCUCUUUGGCAAAAUACAAAACAGUCAGUGAAGCAGACAGAUUUGGAGUCAUUUUCUGGGAGAAAGAAAUGGUAACAUUUGUCCAGUCCAUUCCAGUUUAAGAGUGUCCUGAUAUACAUAAUCUCCUCUGGUCUUUUCUCCGUCCUGUAAAGCAGGUAUUAGGUCCUCAUUUUACAAGUAAAGAAACUGGAGCUGAGGACAGUUCACUGCUGUCCAGUAGAUGGCUGGUUCCACAGCACAUUAUUUGCCUGCUACAGCAUAGCAGGAGUGAAGCUGUGGGUUUCAUCGACUCAGAUGUGCCCAGCCGGGUAGGGAGAGGGUCAGCAAGCUGGGAACUCUUCAGGGAUUGUUUUCAAAACUGUUUUGGACAGAAAUGGAGAGAAUCUAACAGAUGACUUUUAUAAAAAGCCUUUCACUUUUUCCCUCCCCUUCUGAAAACUCUUUUUUAAGAGUGGAUGUGGCUGGAACACAACCAUAUCCAGCCAUUUUCCUGUCACCAUAAGUUUCCAGAUGUGUGACCAGAAGAGGGACUCUGCCCAAUUCCAGUUGUGGGUCCCCUUGGAGUUUACAUCACUUGUUUUUGACUUCUCGGUUUUCUAUUCCCUUCUUCCAAAACCCAGCAUAGGCCUCAGUGUAGGAACAAUUAUUUUAAAACAAAAUAGUUCCUUAGCUGCAGAUGAUGGCCUCAAUCAUUUGAAUGCAGUCUAGAUGAUAUUUUUGCUCAUUAACCAGUGGCUUCCAUAGUGAAAAUUCAAAACCUCAAAGCAGUUGUUUGCCUCUUAUCUAUUCCUUGCGCAGCAGAAGGCCAGGUUGUAGGGGAAAGAGAAGUCAGGUUGCAGGGAGAGGCAAUCUUGUCUACCUUCUGAGUAUCAGUUAUUAAACAGGAAUCUUUUAGGCUUUUGAGUUCUGUCGAUGGAAGAAAAACUCUCCUGAGUUACAAGUUCCACACUCAUUAACUUUCACUUUUAAAAUUUUUCACCCACUAAAAUUGGCUGAAGGAAGGGAGUGCCAGAGAUGUGCUUUAAAAUAGCGUUUUGGUCUGAGAUCCUCUCCACGUUUGCACCUGUGGAUAUUGGGUCCAGAGCCGAUGCAUGUCCAGGCCAGGAGGCUAGGAAGGUCAGGUGCUUAUGGAGAGAGCCCUGUCACAAAUGAAAAAUGGGAGGCUCUGGGAACGUGCUGUGUCACCAUCAGUCUCCCCAUAUCCAGCAGCUUCUUUUGCAAAAGCAUCUUAGAGGAGAUGGACAGGAGGUCUCCCUCGUGCACCACAUCCAAGUCCACCCACCCUGGGCGCAACGUGGCUUUAAGUGCUGGCCUUGGUGCGAAACCCUCCAGCCAGCUCAUUUGUGGUCCAGGUCCCAUAGUGUCUGGUUUCCCUGCCCUGCAUAAUUUAAGCAUUAGAGCUAAAUACAUCUGUCAUUUCUCCCUCUCUGGGGACCAUGAAAUGUUCAGACGUCUCCAGAAUAGUGGAGAGAAGAAAUGUUAUGUAACUCCAGGCAGACGCCUGAAACUGUACAGACAUGGUGGGGCUGCCCACUCCUCCUGCGUUCGUGCGUCUGUCAGUCAGCCAGCGUCAAUCCAAGAGUGAGCCACGGCUGCAAGCACCCGUGCUGAGGAGGGAAACCAGUUUAAGUUUCAGACAGACGUUGGAGUGUCGGGACAUCGGCUUUCUGCCAGGCUUAAUUGACCUCAUUAUUCCUCACAACAGCUCUGUGGGGUAGGUGAAGUCAGCAGCGUCCCAGCCUUUGAACUUUAGCCCCUCAGAGCACUUCCAAGCUUUCAAGGAACCAACUCACCUGUGAGAGUUGGUGACAGGAACUGACAGACGCAUGGCAUUCUCAGAGGAGCCCCAGCCUCAUCAUAGGUGACUUUCCCUCCAAACUUCUCUCCAUAGUCUCACCCUCAGAAAAGUACUGGCUGUGGUCUGUUCCUCCACCUCCUCCCUCCUGGGGAAAGGUCAGUAACAGACGCCUAGGCUGGGGGAGAAGACAAGAGGCAGAGGUAGGCAGGAGCUCAGUGCUCAGCCUCUUCCCUGCCACCAUCAGGGACGGGAGCCCAGACAGCAGCUCGUCUGCAGGGAACCAGGGUGGUGGGCCUGGGUGGUCCCUGUGAGCAGAGGGAGGCAGACACCUGUCCAGCCACACGUGCUCCAGAGGCUCUGUUACGCUGUGUUCAGUGUGGAAUGUUGACCGUAACUUAAUGUACUGCAAACCUGUAAAGAAUGUAUGUAAAUUAAAGUUUUAUGUAACAAAAAUUUUUACUUUUUGCAAUUAAAAGUGGGUGCG